AGACCCCACCUCUCUCCGCCCAAGACCCACCCCCUCAUUAGACUGGGCCCCACCCCUCGCCCAGGGCCGCGCUCCUUGCAGAGCAGGCCCGGUGCCGCCCGCCCCCGUCCCCCCACCCCCGCGUUUCUGUCUCCCGGGCCGGCGCGCGCGGCUCCCGUCACUUGGACGCGCGGCGGCGGCGGCGGGAAGAUGGCGGAGUCCGGUGGCGGUGGUGGCGCUGGUGGCGGCGGCUUCGGAGCGGGCCCGGGCCCCGAGCGCCCCAGCAGAAAUUUUCUAUGAAUGGAAUUCUACAAUACGUGGCUUCUUACGUCUGGCUUCUUUUCCUUAACUGAAUGUUUUUGGAAGUUCAUCUGUGUUGUCACAGCAUGGCUGACAAAAAUGGAGCUCUCAAGUGCACCUUCUCGGCGCCCGGCCAUAGCACCAGCCUGCUGCAGGGCCUCGCCGCCCUCCGUGCCCAGGGCCAGCUCCUGGACGUCGUGCUCACCAUCAACAGAGAGACCUUCCACGCGCACAAGGUGGUCCUGGCCGCCUGCAGCGACUACUUCAGGGCCAUGUUCACGGGUGGCAUGAGGGAGGCGAGCCAGGAUGUCAUCGAGCUGAAAGGCGUGUCGGCCCGCGGCCUGCGGCACAUCAUCGACUUUGCCUAUAGCGCCGAGGUGACGCUAGACCUGGACUGCGUGCAGGACGUGCUGGGUGCGGCCGUGUUCCUGCAGAUGCUUCCCGUGGUGGAGCUGUGCGAGGAGUUCCUCAAGGCCGCCAUGAGCGUGGAGACCUGCCUGAACAUCGGCCACAUGGCCACCACCUUCAGCCUGGCCUCGCUCAAGGAGUCGGUGGAUGCCUUCACCUUCCAGCACUUCCUGCAGAUCGCUGAGGAGGAGGACUUCCUGCACCUGCCGCUGGAGCGCCUCGUCUUCUUCCUGCAGAGCAAUCGGCUGCAGAGCUGUGCCGAGAUCGACCUGUUCCGCGCCGCGGUUCGCUGGCUGCAGCACGACCCGGCCCGGCGGCCGCGCGCCAGCCACGUGCUCUGCCACAUCCGCUUCCCGCUCAUGCGGUCGUCGGACCUGGUGGACAGCGUGCAGCCGCUGGACAUCAUGGUGGAGGAUGUGCUGUGCCGGCAGUACCUGCUGGAGGCCUUCAACUACCAGGUGCUACCCUUCCGGCAGCACGAGAUGCAGUCCCCGCGCACGGCCGUGCGCUCCGACGUGCCCUCCCUGGUCGCCUUCGGCGGCACGCCCUACACGGACAGUGACCGCUCCGUCAGCAGCAAGGUGUACCAGCUGCCCGAGCCCGGUGCCCGCCACUUCCGCGAGCUCACGGAGAUGGAGGUGGGCUGCAGCCACACGUGCGUGGCCGUGCUGGACAACUUCGUGUACGUGGCGGGCGGCCAGCACCUGCAGUACCGCAGCGGCGAGGGCGCGGUGGACGCCUGCUACCGCUACGACCCCCACCUGAACCGCUGGCUGCGGCUGCAGGCCAUGCAGGAGAGCCGCAUCCAGUUCCAGCUGAACGUGCUGUGCGGCAUGGUGUAUGCCACGGGUGGCCGCAACCGGGCCGGCAGCCUGGCCUCCGUCGAGAGGUACUGCCCGCGGCGCAACGAGUGGGGCUACGCCUGCUCUCUGAAGCGCCGCACCUGGGGCCACGCCGGCGCCUCGGCGGGGGGCCGCCUCUACAUCUCGGGGGGCUACGGCAUCUCGGUGGAGGACAAGAAGGCGCUGCACUGCUACGACCCCGCCGCUGACCAGUGGGAGUUCAAGGCGCCCAUGAGCGAGCCCCGCGUGCUUCAUGCCAUGGUGGGUGCCGGCGGCCGCAUCUACGCCCUCGGGGGCCGCAUGGACCACGUGGACCGCUGCUUCGACGUGCUGGCCGUGGAGUACUACGUGCCUGAGACAGACCAGUGGACCAGCGUGAGCCCCAUGCGGGCUGGCCAGUCAGAGGCCGGCUGCUGCCUGCUGGACAGGAAGAUCUACAUUGUGGGGGGCUAUAACUGGCGUCUCAACAACGUGACGGGCAUCGUGCAGGUGUACAACACAGAGACGGACGAGUGGGAACGCGACCUGCACUUCCCAGAGUCGUUCGCGGGCAUCGCCUGUGCCCCUGUCCUGCUGCCUCGGUCAGGGACCAGGAGGUAGCUCCCGGGACCCGUGGGACCCGGCCCAGCCUCAUGCCAUCUCUGCCAGGGGUUUUGGUGAGCGCACACCGGGGCUGAGGACCACAGAACCCCCCCCCCACCCCCCCCCCCACCCCCGGCCUGCGGCCUGACAUCUUGGGGCCUGCUGCAUCGAUAAGGCCCCUCCCCCUGGGGUCCCUCCUUCCUUCCCGAAGCAGGUCCUGGCUUCGUGCCCACCGAGGGAGCCUGCCGGCCCUGAGGCCGGCAUGUCACGGCAGCGGGGGUUUCCUCACCCGCCCCGCAUCCUCGCUCAUGGAGGGAAUCGGGGUCUCCUUUGGGGUGUUGUUGUGUGGCUUACGUCCCACUUCUCUCUCCUCCCCCAGCUCGGCAGUCUCAGACGCUCAGAUGCAAGCUCAUUAGCGUCGAGCCCCAAACCCAUGGUUUGCACCCUGUCUCCUCCCAAGUUUCUUGCACUGUGCGUUUUUAAAAAAUAAACACCCCCCAAACUCUGUAACACACAGACCUCCAGGAGCUGGUAAGGUGGCAGGGGUGCGCCCUGCUCAGGGUUGACUUCAAGGGUGGGCAUGUUCCUGCCCCCAAUAAGCCUGAGCCGCCGGGGUGGGGAGGAUGGCCUUGGACAAGGGUCUCGCGCUUAUCUUCAUUCCUGUCCCAACUCCCUCAACGUGUUCUGUCAUCCACUCUCAGAAGGAGAAAACACAGCCGGCUCUCAGAGAGGGUCCUUAUGGUUUCCCAGCCUUCUAUUUGGUGCUGGGCGUCUCAGGGGUCCUCAGUGAGGAGUGGGCCGACACGCUAGGGGGACACCUUUAGAAUCUCUCAGUGUGUCUGCAUUCCACAAGUCUGAUGAUUUUUAUUUCUCUCCCUUUUUCCAGCCCCCCACCCCCCCCACCCCCACCCCACCCAUCCCAUGUUCCGGUUGUCAGGCCACAGGGCCUGUGCCCUCAGCAAGGGAGGUCAGGCGGGUGGUGCAGGCUCUUCCCUUCAAGGGCUUUGGGGCAUCUCUGGCCACAUUUGAUUUGGUGUCAAACCUCUAAAGCUGGUUUGGUCUGGUUUUGCUGUUUUAGUGUUUUUUUUGUUUUUUUUUUUCUCCUUUGGUUUUGUUUUGCUUCUUUUAAGACACCGGCAUUGCUAUCUUAUAAAUGGGAUUUGUACCCUCGGGGCAACUUAAAGUGUCUCUUCUGCUGCUAACGGACGAUUGAUGUUGUGUCUCUGUGACCCACUCACCGUGUAAAGAAUUAACCUCAUAUCUUAGCAGAUGUCGUCUCCUAAUAUUUUCCUUCAUUUAAUAAAAAUGUUAUGGUGAAGAGAUG